UCGGAAUAAGUCUUUCAUUUUGACCAAAAAACGUGUGAAAAAAGGAAGUUUGUUAAAAUUUAAUUUAAAAAAAGUAUUAAAAAGGAAGAAAAAACAAAACAAAAAUUCUUGGAAGCUUGAAAGGUGUUAGAAAUCGAAAAAAUCAAAAGUGCAGUCAGUCAUGCAGUAAACAAAAAAUUAAAAAUAUGAAAAUCUUAUCAAGCAUUAAGCAUAAAAAUUGAAAUUAACAACGAGAUAACACGCGUAAAAACGAUUUCUAAAUGCAAAAAAGCAUGAAAAUCUAAAUAAUAAAAAUAAAGCAUCAAAAAAAAUCAUCCGAAAAAUAUGGAGGACGAAAAUGUAUCAAAAAUCGAGAGCAACAAUGUCGCGGAGGCAAGUUCCAUGAAUGAAAGUGAUAUGAGUUGCAGCAGCGAAUCGUCGUCCGAAGAAACAAUCUUAAAUAUAACUGCGACGCGACACAGCUGGCACGCCGAUGAGACACUCAAAGGCGAUUGUGGCGUUGAAAUCGAUGAUAAUCAAGUGACGACGACGACAGAAAUUGCUCUUACUGCAGAUGAUGUUGAAUUGUCGUCAAUAUUAGCUCAUAAUUCGCCACUUUCCAUGCGAGCGGUUUCGAGUCCUGCACUGACUGAGGGACCCCUGGAUGAGCCAAUUGUUCAAGUUUCGCAACAGCAACAACAUAGGCAUUCAAGUAGUAAUGGGCAUCGGAAGGAAAUAGAAGCUAAAAGUGGUACUCCAAGUGGCAGCGUUUUGCAAAAAUUUAAAAAGACAUUUUCACAUUUUUCACAACACAAAAAUAGUGGGAACGUUAAUGGUAGUAAUACGAAGACGUCGUUAUGGGUUCCCAUGAUGAGCGAUAAUGGUGACGAUCUGGAAACGAAGCACAGAUUCGGUCCCUUAGUGUGGCGCACAAGCAAGGAGCGCAAAAAGACAAAAAUCCAUCGACGCGACAAAUGCAACAGCGGCGACUCCGGCAUCCAAGUUGAGCUGGAAAACGACGAAUUGACCGUGACAACGACAUCAACUGCAAACUAUGUGCCUAUGGACAACCACAACAUGGAAGUGACUGCAUCAACGCCAUCGCGUGUCGUGCGCAGCGGCUCGACAAAAUCCAGCAAUGCGUCGCCCGUUCCGAGUCGCGCUCCCAUCAAAGUACGCGGCAACGGCGGCGGCAACAAAGAAGAAGAAAUUGCGACAACCACAACUCUCAGUAUGCGUUCCUUAAGCCAACCAACUGGAUUGGACCGAAUUUCGUCGUCGCCAUCGCAUCGACAUCAUCGCACCACCGACGAGGAAGCUGCCAGUGACACCGAUAGCAUCUCGUCGACGACAAACGACACGGAAUCGUCGCACACCCGUACUGCCGGCGAACAUGGCGAGCAACCGUGUUACGCCGAAGUUUUGUACAAUUUCAAGCCGGGCGGUCCGGAGGAACUUCCGUUGCAAAAAGGAGAUCUCGUUGAAGUAAUUAAAAAAGACACGGGCCCCUGGUGGUGGGGACAGAUCAAAUUAGACGCCGUCGUUGCAGCAUCAAUGCCCGGAGGACAACAAGCGCCCUACGGAUGGUUCCCGAAGGAUUUUGUGCGAAUUUUACCGAAUUUUGUUAAACCACGAACGCCGAAUCGACACCAAUCGCGACGACAUCAUCAUCAUCACAAUCACCAUCGACGGAGUCGAAGUCAGGAUCCGCAAGCGGUUCACGUGACGGAAUCGGAGGACGACGAUAGCGAGACUGAGUUGCAAACGAAUGCAGGAGACGAGGAACGAACUAGUCAACAAACGCACGAAAUGAUGCGAACGAAUGCCAUUAAGGAACUGAUCAACGCCGAAACGGUUUAUGUCAAUUUACUUGAGUCAUUAUGUAUUGGAUUCAUUAAAAACAUGCGUGAACACCCGGAGAUCUUCUCCAACGAAAGCAUCAACACAAUCUUUUCGAACGUCGAAAAGUUAUGGAGUUUCCAACAAACCUUCCUGCAAGCCCUGAAACAGUCCGUACCAAAUAAUCGCAUUGGUGAAGUCUUCCUUGAAUAUCAAUCUGCCUUCAUGGUCUAUUCCACUUACUGUAAUUCUUACCCUCGUGCAUUAAUGGAACUAGAAACCUACACAGGGAACAAAGAGGCGUUACAAUUGCUAGAAAAUUGUCGCUUAUCGACCAACUUACCAGAAUUACCUCUGUCCGCCCACUUAUUAGCUCCAAUCCAGCGAAUUUGUCGUUACCCCCUGCACUUGUGCGAAUUAGUCAAGUACACGCCAUCGCGCCGCGAGGUCAUCCUCUCCAUGGAUUAUCGCAACAUGACCAAAUCCGAAAUUGAGACAAUCGAUUGUCGCGAAAUUUUCGAAAUGGCCCUGAACGCCAUGAAAAAAGUCACGGAAAUGGUGAACGAGGGCAAGCGUCACAGCGAGUACUUGUCACGCAUCCAAGCGCGCUUCGAGAAUUUCCAGGGACCCAGUAUUAAUGUUCACAGUACGCGAUUGUUCCUGCAAACGGAUGCCAUUCGCAUGACGCCAAAUUUGUGGAAUAACACGUACACCUUGUUCCUGUUUGACCGUCAAUUAAUUUACUGCAAAAAAGAUUUGCUGAAACGCACGAAUUACAUCUACAAAGGUCGGAUUUUCCUCGAUAAUUGUCGAAUUUUGAACUUACCCGACGGAAAAAUGUUCGGCGUGACCUUGAAAAAUGCCCUUCGCGUGUACUGUGAUUCCCGAAACAAGUGGUUUGACUUUUGUUUCCGCAGCAAUAGCAGUAAAUUGCGUUUCCUCAACACCCUUUCGGCGGAACGGCAAUUUUGCGGCGAGAGUUUGUUCGUGUCGGAACUUGCGGGCAUGGAUGAAGACAAUUUUUCCGAUCGCGAAUACAUUUCGGAUAACAAUGAAGAUGUCACGGAUGGGUAUCAUCAUCGCAAUGAACGCCCCGUGGAUGUCGAAAGUACGUCUGAAAGUAACGAUAAGGGCAGCGACUCGUCUCCCAGUAAGCCAAAUAGCCUCAAUAGUGAUACGCUCCCGAAGAAAUCCCGUAAAUUGUCCAAAGAAAAUGUUCCCGUGAAUUACCAUCAGGACUACCAUAGCAACUCGUUGGGACGUCGGCGCAUCGGAAAUUGGUUCCGCAAGUCGAAAAGUACGAAUAGCACGCCAUCGCACAGUCCGACGCAUGCGACGGGACCUCCGGUGCCGCAAUUGGCGCAACAAACGCUUCUCACGAGCGGCGAUUCGUCGUCGCAAAGUAACUCAAGUCUGAAUUUGAAACAGUCAAAUAGUUUGCCGCUCGGGCAGAUUACGAAUGGGAAGGCGGUGAAAAAUGGCGGCAAAGAGCAAACAUCGCCUUUGAUGUCGUCUUGAGACACAAAGGACGGUACUUUCUUAUAAUUGUUGCAACUAGACAGUUAGACAUGCAAAUCGUUAUAAUUUAUCCUAAAAGCUUAGAAAACUGUAAGAGAAUUUGUGACAGGCUUAACCUUUAAAUAACCAAGAAACAAAAUAGACAACCUUUUAUUAUUAGUACGUUUUAAUUUUUGAGACAACUUAAUUUUAUAAUUUAUCGUAUUAUUAAUUAUUAUUUUAUUUAUAUGAGACAAUUUU